UGAUCAUUCUAUACUUGGUCAUCAAUUUUUGUCCCUAAAACGUCCUUCCCAUAAAGCUAGUUAGCCAAUAGUACUAUUAGCAAGGAGUUCGAUACCAAUUUUGUGUUAAUUAUCGGCUCUGAAAUACAAUUUUAUCUGUAAGGUUCCAAAUACUGGAGAUGGCUCUAAUGUUAGAAUUGGGAAAGUAAAUAUGUAGAUUUGUCAACAAAAUCAAUGGAUUUAUUAACUUUUGGAGGGCCAUGGUCACCCUUAACUAUUCCUGUUCUUCAUCGGCAAGAAUCGUCGAUAACGUCAGUCACGGCUGCCGGAAGAUCUUCCCUCAUGAAGCCAAUGACUUACAAUGAAGGGACCUGUGCGUUUUCAGAGAUCAUAGAAGGCGACGUUUACAAGUACUACUCCGAAGGGGAAUGGAAGGUCUCAAGCUCUGGCAAAACUGUGUCCAUCGUCAACCCAACAACCAGGAAAACCCAAUUCAAGGUCCAAGCUUGUAAUCAAGAAGAGGUUAACAAGAUUGUGGAAUCUGCAAAGGCCGCCCAGAAAUCAUGGGCGAAAACGCCGCUGUGGAAGCGGGCAGAAUUGCUUCACAAGGCGGCUGCAGUGCUUAAAGAGCAUAAGAAGCCCAUUGCUGAGUGCCUUGUGAAAGAAAUUGCCAAACCUGCUAAAGAUGCUGUCACUGAAGUUGUGAGGUCUGGGGACUUGGUGUCAUACUGUGCCGAAGAAGGGGUUAGAAUUCUUGGGGAAGGGAAGUUUCUGGUGUCUGAUAGUUUCCCUGGAAAUGAAAGGACCAAAUACUGCCUCACUUCCAAGAUUCCACUUGGUGUUGUUCUGGCUAUCCCACCAUUCAACUAUCCUGUCAAUCUUGCAGUCUCAAAAAUUGCUCCUGCACUAAUUGCUGGUAACUCCCUUGUGCUCAAGCCUCCCACCCAGGGUGCUGUAGCUGCACUUCAUAUGGUGCAUUGCUUUCACUUGGCUGGUUUUCCAAAAGGCCUUAUCAGCUGCGUUACUGGAAAAGGCUCGGAAAUUGGAGAUUUCCUGACAAUGCAUCCUGGAGUUAACUGUAUAAGUUUUACGGGUGGGGACACUGGAGUUGCAAUCUCGAAGAAGGCUGGGAUGAUCCCUCUUCAAAUGGAACUGGGUGGGAAAGAUGCGUGCAUCAUUCUUGAGGAUGCUGAUUUGGAUUUGGCAGCAUCCAACAUUGUUAAAGGAGGCUUCUCUUACAGUGGUCAGAGAUGCACAGCAGUUAAGGUUGUCUUGGUAAUGGAAUCUGUAGCAGAUGAACUUGUCAAGAAAGUCAAUGAGAUAUUGGCAAAGCUGACUGUGGGGCCACCAGAGGAUGACUGCGAUAUAACUCCAGUUGUCACGGAAUCCUCAGCCAACUUCAUUGAAGGGCUUGUAAUGGAUGCAAAGCAGAAAGGAGCGACGUUUUGUCAGGAAUACAAGAGGCAGGGCAAUCUCAUAUGGCCGUUGCUUUUAGACAAUGUUCGACCCGAUAUGAGGAUAGCGUGGGAGGAACCGUUUGGCCCAGUUUUACCUGUUAUUAGAAUUAACUCUGUUGAAGAAGGAAUACGCCAUUGUAAUGCUAGCAAUUUUGGUCUUCAGGGUUGUGUCUUCACAAGGGACAUCAACAAAGCGAUUUUGAUUAGUGAUGCAAUGGAGACAGGAACAGUUCAGAUUAACUCUGCACCAGCUCGUGGACCGGAUCAUUUCCCUUUCCAGGGUCUUAAGGACAGCGGAAUCGGUUCGCAAGGAGUAACCAACAGUAUUAAUAUGAUGACGAAAAUCAAGACCACUGUAAUCAAUUUGCCCUCUCCUUCUUACACCAUGGGUUGAUGAUUCCAAUACGUAAUAAUUCAUCAAAAGAAUGUUAUUAGCUGAGUGUCGGCUGCUGCUGGGAUAGUGAACAUUUUCAGUAUGUUUAGUUCUUUGGAAUGUCAAGUACAAGAUGAGUACAAGGGUUUAUACCCACUAGUAGUAUAUAUGGUUAUUACCUUUUUUUGGCUUAAAAUUAUAGGCCUUUUGCCACAGGAAUAUGAGCUUUGAGCGGAGGAAAUUGGAAAACCGAUACUUGUAUUCUACUAGUCGCUUUGUUUUUGUUUUGUGGAUCAGCUACUAAUAUUUGGAGUCGUGGUUAUCACACCCAACUUUUAUAUAGACAUUUUGUUAGUGUGACCGGAGUUGGCCAAAAA